CGGAAACCUCAUUACAGAGCACCAGGCAUGUGCACAGAGUUACCAGCCGAGCAGGUCUUGCGUGAAGGAUUUCAUGGCAUCUGCCUGUGAGGUUGAAGAUUGCAACCAACUGAAACUUCUCCUGUGAGCCAAGCGUGAAGGAGAAGUUUGGCAGUUAAUGUGAAAAUAGCGACUAAAGUUGUGCAUCCUAAAUCCGUCCAAACGCUCUGCACGGAGCCACUCACAGGAGAUCAUCAGACGUCACAGGUCACACCAUGAGACACAUUUUGUUCCCCUGGACAGACAUAAAGAAGAACCAUGCCAUCCAAUGGGAUUAGCGAUCAGCUCAGGUGACUCUGGGAUUGGCUAAAACACCAAUACAACGUUUUCCAGGUUGUACCUCCCACAUGGGGUGACCAGAAGCUUAGUGUGAGCCUGAUUAGUUCUGCGGCUGGUGGGUACAAGAUGUUAGUAGAGACAAGCACCCAAACAAAUGCAUGGACAUAGACCUGCUGCUGUACCAGUUCCAGAGAAGAUGGUGGCCUCUGUGCUCACCUUGCUUAUCUCAAGUAAACAUGUUCAACUUGAUGAGCAACUGCUGCACCUGGGUCUCCAAAAUACAGGAGCCAAUCAGGAAAGUGACCAUUCUGGUGGUUGGUCUUGACAAAGCAGGAAAAACAUCCUCCGUCAGAGGGAUGUUAAGAGUGCCGCAUGGUGUGGAGGCAGGACCCACCCAUGGCUGCGUAAGAAACGAGCUGCAGGUGGAGAACUACCUGGUCAGCUUGUUGGAUGUGGGGGGUUCAGCAGAGUCCAGAGGAGCCUGGAGGGAGCUCUGUGGGGAGGCACAUGGGAUCAUCUUUGUGGUGGACUCCUGUGACAGGCAGAGGAUAAAGGAGGUCAAAGAGGUUCUCGCCGACCUGCUGAAACAACCCAGAGUGGCCGGGAAACCGCUAUUAGUGUUGGCCAACAAACAGGACAAAAUGAACGCUCUGCUGGGAAAUGAGCUGAUUGAGAUUCUUUCACUGGAGAAGCUGGUCAACCAGAGCCGCUCUUUGUGCCAUAUAGAGCCUUGUUCUGCCUUAAUGGACCUGCGUCGCUGGUCGGACAGAAAGACUCUCCGUGGCCUUCGCUGGUUGCUGCGAGCAGUUUAUCUGGAUUACCCCGAGCUGUGCACUCGUGUAGCUCAAGACAGCAGGAGGCCUCUAGAACCAAGAGAGCAGGAAAAGACCUGGAAAUCAGAGAAAGUUCGCAAGAAAACCAAGGAAAAGAGAAUGCGAUCCAGCAAGUCAGACCUUCGCCAGGUUCAUCGGCCAAAAGAAAAGGAGAAGAAGACAAAGAGUGAAGGAAAGCUGCAGCCCAUUAGAAACAUGCUGCAAAAGGAAGCCACUCUGAAAAAGACGCUCAAGACAAAGAAGAAGAAAAAGCCGGUUACGGUCAAGAAAGGUGAAAAAGAUCAAGAUGAAGGAAAUGAACAUGAAGGGGAAGAGGAGGGUGAUGGCAAUGAAGGAGAGCAAGAAAACACUGGUCACAGAGAAAAAGCCAGCAGUGCUCUGAUCCCCCCGAAAAACGUCAAACCGAAGGGCAAAAAAAAAGUGAAAGAGGAGACUCCAGACGUGCCAGAAUCACCAAGCAACGACGAGAAGCCGCUUAAAGCUAAAGGGGAAAAGAAGAAGAAGAAGAGAGUUGUCAAAGUAAAAAGGAAGAACAAGAUCAACACGGAGGAAAUGUCUGGAGCUUACAAUCAACCUGUGGACCUGUCUGCAACCUUUGAUCUUUACCGAAAAGCAAUACAGGCUCUGAAGGAACGUCAGGAUCAGGGACAGUGAGAGAGUCCUGCGACCUGAGUGGGAGGAUGUGGUCCACGGUAGUGGGACACGGUCCCACAACAUCCCU